AUGCAGUCUAAGCUCAAGAAUAGGAGGCAAAGCCUCUUUCCAAACUAUAAGGUGGGAUGUCCAGCCCCAGCAGUGAAAGACCCAGGGGAGGACAUCGACCUGCCAUUCGCCCAACACAGCUGGGUGAAGCCAUGGAACUCCAUGACGGAGCUAAGCAGAGAUAUCUAUGACAUCUACGCCGAAUAUGAGGACGAAGAUGACGACAGGGUCAUGGCUAUGACUCCGAUGAGGCUAUCCUCUCCAGCCAAGAACUACAUGCUCAACAUCAACGUCGGAGGCAAGGCGUAUCAGAUCUCCUACAGGUCUGCCGCAAAGUACCCCAAGACUAGGAUAGGUCGACUCGCAACAUACACCGACCACAACAGGAAGCUGGACCUUUGCGACGACUACAUUGUCCAAAACAACGAGUUCUUCUUCGACAGGGACCCAGACAUUUUCCACAACAUUUUCAACUUCUACCGGACGGGCGUGCUCUGGAUCAAGGACGAGUUGUGCCCUCGCAACUUCCUGGAGGAGAUCAACUACUGGGGCGUGCGGAUCAAGAACACCCACCGCUGCUGCCGCAUCUCCUUCGAGGAACGUCAGGACGAGCUGAACGACCAGCUGAAGAUCCAGAGGGAGCUGGAGGCCGAGGUGGAGACGGAGGAGCACGAGGAGCUGUUCGAGGAGAUGGCCUUCGGAGAGACGCGCCGGAUGAUCUGGAACUUGAUGGAGAUGCCCUUCUCCUCGGUCACGGCCAAGCUCAUGGCGGUGGCCUCCAGCUUCUUCGUGCUCGUGUCCCUGGUGGCCAUGACUCUCAGCACGGUGGAGGAGAUGCAGUACACCACGCCCUCGGGACAGCUGAGUGGACACUCGCACGCCGAGUACGUGGAGACCACCUGCAUCGCCUUCUUCACCAUGGAGUACCUGCUGCGUCUGAUCUCCACGCCCGACCUGAAGCGCUUCGGCAAGAGCGUGCUCAACGCGGUCGACCUCAUCGCCAUCCUGCCGCUGUUCCUGCAGAUGUUCCUCGAGUACCUCGAGAAGGAGGACCGCGCGCGCCACGAGGACAUCGAGACGGUCGGCCGCGUCGGCAAGCUCGGCCAGGUGCUGCGCAUCAUGAGGCUCAUGCGCAUCUUCAGGAUCCUCAAGCUGGCGCGCCACUCCACGGGCCUGCGGGCGUUCGGCUUCACGCUGCGCCAGUGCUACCAGCAGGUGGGCUGCCUCUUCCUCUUCAUCGCCAUGGGCAUCUUCACCUUCUCUGCCAUGGUGUACACGGUGGAGCGCGACGUCCACAAGACCAACUUCACCAGUAUACCACACGCCUGGUGGUGGGCUGCUGUAAGCAUCUCUACCGUGGGCUACGGAGAUAUGUACCCAGAGACUCACCUUGGCCGGCUCUUCGCCUUCGCCUGCAUUUCUUUUGGGAUCAUUCUGAACGGCAUGCCUAUCUCUAUUCUCUACAACAAAUUUUCAGACUAUUACAGCAAACUGAAAUCCCACGAGUGCACCUCCACUCAGAAGGAACGUGGCAAGCUCCGCUUUGCUAAGAGAGCGUUUCAGAAGCUCGCAGACGGCUCCGUAGAAGCUAGACGGGUCCGGGAGCCUUGGCCGCCAAAUUACGCUACGUUCGACGACGACCUGGGCGCUGAGAAUUGCCAUCACAGAAUUCCCGGUUAA